GUCUCAUCAUUGUGUUCUGACCUGUGAGUGCCCACCCCCCAACUCCAGGAGGCCCUUCUAUCACCCCCAACCCUAAAAGGAGGCCCAGAGAAUAUAAUGGGUUUAAAGUCUAGUAAGAGUUUUUAUAGGGAAGGUUCUGGGUGGGCGAGGGUGAGAAGUGAAGGUGAAGCUGAGUACAGGGCUACAGACCAGACAUAGAUUGGAUGCUAGUGGCCAAUCACUCUAACUAGGAAUAUCAGGAUUUCUGAAGAGUCUACAAAGAAAGGGGAGAGGUUGGUGGGUGGUGGAUGUGGGAGGUUUGCAUUUGGAGACUCUGCCCCCAGAGCCUUGCACAGCGGUGUUCCUCUGUUCCAAAAGGUUGGACCUUCGUUUUAAAAGCAGAACUACACAGCCUUCUAGCACCUAAAAACCACCUUUGCUCCCCAUCCAAACUCUCCUAAUUGACAGCUCAGUGCAGGGAAUGAUGUGGGCGCCUGCGGGUGAGCCCUGCAGUGCCAGGCUGCAGCACUCCAGCCCAAGCUGGAAAGGUUGCCCCCUCCCCCAGUCUCCUCGCCCCAGGCUUGCACCUGGGGCUCCCCGAUAGCGAGGCGGGGUACCCCGGGCUGGGUUUGCAGUGUGGCAGGGCGGGUCUCCCAGGACAGCGGCUACAACCCCUCCUGCGCCUGGAGCGCUUCCAGAGCAGAGGCGCAGCGAUCCUCUGCUCCCGCUGCUUCACGGUGCUCUUGCUGCUGUUCCUCCUCCUCCAGCCCCUGGGCUCCUCCUUCUCUCCCCCUUGCCCUCGGCAGUCGCUCCGCAGCCAGCUCCUCCUCUCCCUUCCCUGACUCCCUCCUCCUCUAGCUCUCUCACCGCUAACUUUCCUGACCAGUGGCGCACAGCUCCUGGCCAGCUCCGGAGUCCACUGCAAACCGCGGGCGUAGAGCACAGUACCCCGGGUCUCAUUCCUGCGCCCCGGGCGUGCUCUGGAGAAAAUAGAAUGAUGUCCUGUGCCGAAGCCCGGGCGAGAUGGCUGGGCGCUGGGCUUUUGGGUCUCUUCCUGCUCCCGCUGUCCCUGUCACUGGAAGUGUCUGUGGGAAAGGCUGCUAUCAUCUAUGCUGUCAAUGGCACAGAGGUCCUGCUGCCGUGCACCUUCACCAGCUGCAUUGGCUUUGAGAACCUCCACUUCUGGUGGACCUACAACAGCAGUGAGUCAUCCAGGACUAUCAUCGAUGGAACUGUGAAGAAUGAGAAGUCUGACCCCAGGGUGAGGAUGAAAGAUGAUGAUCGCAUCACUUUGGUGGGUACCACAAAGGAGAAGAUGAACAACAUUUCCAUUCUGUUACAAGACCUGGAGUUCAGUGACACAGGCAAAUAUACCUGUAAUGUGCAGAAUCCCAAAGAGCAAGGUUUUAUGCACAAUGCUACCAUCUUCCUCCAAGUCGUGGAUAAAUUGGAAGAAGUGGACAGCACGGUGACAGUCAUCAUCCUGGCUGUCGUGGGUGGGGUCAUUGGGCUCCUCAUCUUCAUCCUGCUGGUCAAGAAGCUCAUCACAUUCAUCAUCAAGAAGACUCAGGAGAAGAAGUGAUGCCUCGUGAGUUCCUCAGGGAAUGACAACACAGAGAACGGGAUGCCUGGUUCCAAGGCAGAAGAGAAGCCCCCAACUAAAGUGUGAGCUCCUCACUGGGGCCAAGCAGACUCCGAAAACCUCACUCUUGGAUGAGAAAACUGAUGCUUGAGCGGUGUCCAUGAA